UAACCUGGGUUACUUCUCUAGAGCCCACGCCUGGGAUUGUCUUCAACAAUAUUCAUUGGCCAGUGGACCAUCAGUCACACCGUUACUCUUUUGUCUGAAGAUCUUACCAACUUCAGUAGAAAGCACUCUAUUGUACACAAUGAGUAACAUGGCGACAGAGAUUUUGGCCUUUAUUCUCACCACGUCUGGCUGGGUCCUGAUCUCCUCCACCAUACCCACGGAUUACUGGAAGGUGUCCUCUCUGGACGGCACGGUCAUCACCACAGCUACCUUCUGGUCCAACCUGUGGAAGACCUGUGUCACUGAUUCAACAGGAGUCUCCAACUGCAAGGACUUUCCCUCCAUGCUGGCACUGGACGGCUACAUCCAGGCCUGCCGGGGUCUGAUGAUCACUGCUGUAUGUUUGGGCUUCUUUGGUGCUGUCUUUGCCUUGGUCGGAAUGAAGUGCACCAAGAUUGGGGGAUCAGACCAAAGCAAAGCCAGGACAGCUUGCAUCGCCGGAGUCAAUUUCAUACUCAGCGGUCUCUGCUCAUUGUCUGCAUGCUCCCUGUAUGCACACAGGAUAACAUCUGAGUUUUUUAACCCCAUGUUUGUCGCUCAGAAGUAUGAACUGGGGGUUGCCUUGUUCAUUGGUUGGGCAGGAUCUAUUCUUUGUAUUCUGGGAGGGGUGAUACUCUGCUUCUCAAUAGCAGAUAGUUCCACUACAAGUCACACAGGCUAUGCCUACAGAGGAGCUACCUCUGCCUCUAAUGUUUCUUCUCACCCUAGAGGGCAUGCACAGCCCAUGAGCCAGAGGCCUCCACCAGAGUACAGUAGCUCUUCUAGAGUACAGCACUUUGAUAAGAAUGCCUAUGUGUAAGGGAUGAUAGGACAAAUGCAGAACCUGAACAGCGGCAUGGUCUCGAGAGGCCAAUUUACUGCCAUACCAGUUAAAAGGAGGAGAAAGAAUGUGUUACGUGACUGGCUGGCCCAUUGUGUCACAAAUUAUGACAGAUCAGAAAGAGAUCACUUUAUAUUGGAGUUGAUCCCCCUGUUCACCUAUUUAUGACAGCACUAAUUUCUAGUCCAAUGGAAAUCAGAGCCUUUUUGAGUUCGUAGGAGAUUUGCUGAGAUUUGUGGCUCUGAUAUUUACUUUAUAAUAAAAUGUGAGCCUUCUGGUAGACCUACGCUGCGAAUCGAAAUAGUGUCAAUAAUAACCGGUUUUCUGUACAAUUGUUGAUUUUUUUAUUUUAUUUUUUGAUAAUUGUUUGACAUUAAAGUGAGGAUGUGAACUGUUAUAUUGUCUUGUGUUGCCUGUCUCUUUAUCUGCUAGACACACAUUAAAAUGCUGUUAAUCUUUAAUGACAGAACAUUUAAAAGUAUGUUUAACAUCGACAACAUCAUGUUUCUAACCUACCAUUGACAUAACCAUAAACUACAGCAUGUUUUAUAAUCAACAUAUCUUUGAGGUCACUUUUGGAAAAGUGUUAUCCAUUUACAGUACCUCUUGUAUAUUUCAAUAACUCAUUAUUUACAGUCCAAUUUCAACUGGCACCUAUUUCAGAAAAUCCUAAAAAACUUGUAUUUAGCCUAUUAUAAAAUCAUGUGUAUUUGUGCUUGUUUCAAAUAAUCCUCUCUCCCUAAAAUAUGAUGUAAU